CCUUCUUUAUGCGCAAAUAUUCGUUCAGUCGCGAAAACUUUCUGGGAAUCCGAAACCUUUUUCCUUCCCUCACAUUCCCUUUGAAAUGCUUGUCGCUUCAAACUUGAAUGUAGGGUUCGUUCCGGCCUGCUGAACCCAUUGGCGUGGAAGGGCGAGCGGUGGGGUAUUAGCAGAAACGGGUCUCCGGGGUUGGCGAGAGGGAGGGAGAUGAUGAUGGGUGCUCUCUGCAUCUUGUCUUCGGUCUUGCUCGUUGCCCUGAGCGCGGCGCGGGCGAAUGCCGACUUGGCGGGCGACAAGCAAGCCCUGCUCGAUUUUGCCAACAAUCUGCCGCACUCUCGGUAUCUGAACUGGACCGAGAGCUCCCCUGUUUGCAACAACUGGAUUGGCGUGACUUGCGAUAGAGAUGGGUCCAAGGUAAUUGCCUUGAGAUUGCCCGGCGUCGGAUUUCACGGCCCGAUUCCGGCCAAUACGCUCGGCCGCCUUUCGGAUUUGCAGAUCCUCAGCCUCCGAUUGAACGCUAUAACCGGGGAUUUUCCGUCCGAUUUCGCCAAGUUGAAGAACCUGUCGUAUCUCUAUCUCCAGUCCAACAAGUUCUCCGGCCCUUUGCCUCAGGACUUCUCCGUUUGGAAGAACUUGACUGUUGUGAAUCUUUCCAACAAUGCCUUCAAUGGAAGCAUCCCUUCCUCGCUCAUGACCUUGACUCAGCUAGCUGCUUUGAACCUUGCCAAUAAUCUCCUUUGUGGCGAGAUUCCUGAUCUCCAACUGCCGCAGCUGCAGCUGUUAAAUUUGUCCAAUAAUAAUCUGCACGGUAGUGUUCCAAAGUCACUCCAGAGAUUUCCUAGCUCAGUUUUUGCUGGAAACGACCUUUCCUUUCCAAAUUCUACUCCUCCUCCUCCUCCUUUUAUUUCACCUUCUCCUGGACUUCAUCCAAGGUCCCAGAAUCCUAGGAUGCUCAACGGCACGGCAUUAUUAGCAAUCAUCAUCGCAGGUUGUCUCUUGGCACUUGCUUCAGUGGGCAUUCUUCUUUUCAUUUGUUGCUCGAAAAGGAAAGGUGAAGAAAAGUAUUCAGGAAAGUUGCAGAAGGUCAGAAUGUCGCCUGAGAAAGCUAUUUCAAGGAGUCAAGAUGCGAACAAUAGGCUGGUUUUCUUCGAGGGAUGUAACUAUGCAUUUGAUUUGGAGGACUUAUUGAGGGCUUCUGCUGAAGUACUUGGAAAGGGGACUUUCGGUAUAUCUUACAAGGCUAUUUUGGAGGAUGCAGUUACCGUGGUGGUGAAGAGGCUGAAGGAGGUUAGUGCUGGCAAGAGAGAGUUCGAGCAACAGAUGGAAAUUGUUGGGGGCAUUAGGCAUGACAACAUUGUUGAGCUGAAAGCUUAUUACUACUCCAAAGAUGAGAAGUUAAUGGUGUAUGAUUACUACAGUCAGGGGAGCCUCUCUACUCUUUUACACGGUAAGAUGGGCGAGGAUAGGACCCCUCUAGACUGGGAUAGCAGAAUGAGAAUAGCCCUUGGGGCAGCGAGAGGCAUAGCUCGUGUCCAUUUGGAGAACAACGGGAGACUUGUACAUGGAAACAUCAAGUCAUCUAACAUCCUUAUCAACCCACAACAGUAUGGCUGUGUUUCUGAUCUUGGUCUGGCCGCUGUAAUGAGUUCCCUAGCUCCACCCAUUUCCCGAGCUGCUGGUUACCGAGCACCAGAAGUGACAGACACUCGUAAAGCAGGACAGCCAUCAGAUGUCUACAGCUUCGGAGUCGUCUUGCUUGAACUGUUAACUGGGAAAUCCCCCGUUCAUGCUACUGGCUACGGUGAAAUGGUGCACUUGGUGAGGUGGGUUCAUUCAGUAGUGCGAGAAGAGUGGACAGCUGAAGUAUUUGAUGUAGAGCUGAUGAGGUAUCCAAAUAUUGAAGAGGAAUUGGUGGAGAUGUUGCAGAUAGCAAUGGCCUGUGUUAUUAGGACGCCAGAUCAGAGACCCAAGAUGGCUGAUGUGGUGAGAAUGAUAGAGAAUGUCCGAUCCAUUGAAACCAAUAAUCGGCCUUCUUCUGAAAAUAGAUCCGAAAGAUCAUCACCACUGCAAUCUGCUGUAUGGUCAAGUCCCGUGCCCUCACAAUGAGCUCCUUUUCUUCGUCACUGUUGGUAAUAUUGGUCACUUAUUUUUUAAACCUCACCUUCACUAGGUCUAUACUGUUCUUGUUAUUUACUCUUUUCUUGCUAAUCUCGCCCCUUCCUGUCCUCAGUGCGACAGAAUUUCUACCACUCAGCCUGCCUGAUACAUGUUAGCUAAAAUCGGGUUACGCCCGCAUCUGCCUUUGCUAAUGCCAGGUAUAGGCAGUGGCAGCAAAAUGGAUGUUCCGCACAUAUUUGUGAUUCCAAGCAACUGAUUUAUGCUCA